AUGUUUAUUAAAGCUAUUCCAAGGCUGCUGAUGAAGAUACUCCUCUUCACCGCUGCCCUCGGUCUGGCCUCUGCCGCCCCUCAAUACGGCUACCACGCUCCAGUCGUCGCUCAUGCUCCAGUAGCUGUCGCUCCAGCACCUGUCGCUUAUGCUAGACCAGUCGCUUACGCCAGACCUGUCGCUUACGCUAGACCUUAUGCAGCUCCAGUUGCAGUUGCUAGACCAGUCGCCGUUGCUCACGCCCCCGUCGCGGUAGCAGCUCCUAGAGUUGAACCAUACGAUCCUCAUCCAUCAUACUCUUUCUCCUACUCCGUCAACGACCACUCUACUGGAGAUUCCAAGGGACAGCAUGAGACCCGUGACGGUGAUGUUGUUCAGGGUAGCUACUCCGUCGCCGAACCAGACGGUUCCGUCAGGACUGUAGACUACACCGCUGAUCCAGUCAACGGAUUCAACGCCGUCGUUCACAGGGAUGCAGGAGCGCAUCCAGCUCCAGUAGCAGUCGCUCAUGCUCCAGUAGCAGUCGCUCAUGCUCCAGUCGCCGUAGCUCAUGCUCCAGCAUAUUUCUAUGGAGUGCCAGAUCGCAUAACGUCGGACGGAGGCAGGGAGUUCGACAGCAGUACCAUACGAGAAGAAGCGAAGCGCUUGGAUAUAGUUUGGCACUUCAAUACGCCGGGACAUCCAAAGGGCAGGGGAGCUAUCGAGAGGUUGCAUAGCACCCUAAGCGAUCACCUACGUAUAUACCAGGGGGAGCAGGGAUUAGAAGCGGACGUAGCAAUGCAGAGGGCGGUAGCGGCCUACAACCAUUGGAUCCACUCCGUUACAGGGUUUUCCCCAGUCGAGGUACUGUUCGGGAGCGGAAAUAAGGAAAGUGUGGGAGAAAACGAAAGGGAGAAUAGAGAAAGAGAAGUGGAAAAGGGUAAUUUGAACCUCAAAGAUAGAAUGGGUACAUUGAAAAUAGGGACGGUCGUCUAUCGUAGGGUCGGAUCCAAUAGGGGGAAGGAAUUGGUGCGCUACGAAGGACCAUUCAAGGUACUCCUCAUCGCCGCCGUUAUCGGCUUGACCUCCGCCGUUCCCCAGUACGGCUACCACGCUCCAGUCGUCGCUCAUGCUCCAGUAGCUGUCGCUCACGCCCCAGUAGCUUACUCCAGACCCGUCGCCUACGCCAGACCAGUCGCUUAUGCUAGGGCCUACGCAGCUCCUGUAGCUGUUGCAAGACCAGUUUCUUACUCUGCUCCAGUCGCUGUUGCACGACCAGUCGCUUAUGCUAGACCUUACGCUGCUCCCGUCGCAGUUGCUCGACCUGUCGCCGUAGCCCAUGCCCCUGUCGCCGUAGCAGCACCCAGGGUUGAACCAUACGACCCACACCCAUCAUAUUCCUACUCAUACUCCGUCAACGAUCAUUCCACUGGAGACUCCAAAGGACAGACCGAAUCCCGUGACGGAGAUGUCGUGCAUGGAAGUUACUCACUUGCCGAACCUGAUGGUUCCAUCAGGACCGUAGAUUACACCGCCGAUCCAGUCAACGGAUUCAACGCCGUCGUUCACAGGGAAGCAGGAGCACAUCCAGCUCCAGUGGCCGUCGCUCACGCUCCAGUAGCAGUCGCUCAUGCUCCAGUGGCUGUCGCUCAUGCUCCAAUAGCUGUAGCACACGCUCCAGCAUAUGGUUAUCACUAAGUUUUCAUAAAUCAAGUCUAAAAAGUAGAGCUACGAUUUAGUUCCCAAUGUAUUAUGAUCCUAUGGAUUAUGUGAUUCUAAAGUUUCUUGUAUGGAAGAAAUAAAUAUUUUAAUAUCUGUA